AUUCCAUACUUUGCGUUCAUUUUCAAGAUAAUUAGAUGAGGAUUUUCUUUUACUUAAGGUGCGCAAGAUCGGAGGAGGUGGAUUCGGAGAAAUCUAUGAAGGAUUGGACCUUGUUACCAAAGAGCAGGUUGCUCUGAAAGUAGAGUCAGCGAGACAGCCCAAACAAGUUUUGAAAAUGGAAGUUGCUGUAUUGAAAAAACUUCAAGGAAAGGAACAUGUCUGCAGAUUCAUAGGAUGUGGACGAAACGACCGGUUCAAUUACGUGGUGAUGCAGCUUCAAGGAAAAAAUCUGGCCGAGCUUCGUAGAGCCCAACCUCGUGGAGCCUUCACUCUGUCCACGACAUUGCGACUGGGCCACCAAAUCCUCAAGGCUAUAGAAAGUAUCCAUCAAGUGGGAUUUCUCCAUAGAGACAUAAAACCAUCAAAUUUCUCUGUUGGACGUCUUCCAUCGAAUUGUCGCAAAGUCUACAUGCUGGACUUCGGUCUUGCCCGACAAUACACGACUGGCAAUGGUGAAGUGAGGGCACCCCGAGCCGCUGCUGGCUUCAGAGGCACUGUGCGUUAUGCCUCCAUCAACGCCCACAAAAACAAGGAGAUGGGUCGUCAUGAUGACCUCUGGUCCUUAUUCUACAUGCUGGUUGAGUUUGUGAAUGGACAACUCCCAUGGAGAAAAAUCAAAGACAAAGAACAAGUAGGCUUGAUGAAGGAGAAGUAUGACCAUAAGGCGCUUCUCAAACACCUGCCUUCCGAUUUGCGCAUCUUUCUCGAGCACAUUCAGUCACUCGAGUACAAUGACAAGCCUGAUUACCAAAUGCUGAGCAAUCUGCUGGAGCGCUGCAUGAAGCGCAGGGGUGUCAAGGAUACUGACCCCUAUGAUUGGGAGAAGCCAAUCAUGGCUAAUCCACAGCCCCCUCUGACCCAGGGCACGAUGCCGGCCACACCCACCCCGCUGUCUCCCCGUAUUGUCACCACUGACAAUGUGAUGAUCACAUCGCCCCUGGACAACAACCAGGAGAACAUUGAGCCUGACAAUCGCAAGGAUAUGGAGCAGGUUAUCGGUGUCUGCAGAAGGACAAGAAGAGUUGAAGCAAUCCAAAGCUCGCAACAAGUCUCAAACAGACAGAUGACAAUGGAUAGAAAUUGUAACGCUACAACUCAACCUUCAGAAACAGUCCCUAUGCUAAGUUCGCCUAAAAAGCAACGGCGAGCGAUUUCGAUGCCAGGUACCCCGGCAGCGGUGACCUCUUCGGUCGCCCCAACCUCGCAGGUCGACUGCGAAGGGGACGCAGUCAUGGUCUCUGCCAGGAGUCAGUCAGGUGCCGACAGGCGUCGCCAUGCUAAUAAUCAAAAUCAGCGAAAAUCAGCGGACGCAGCUCUCUCUCGGCUGAGGGUAGCCGUCUCGCCACAGGACAGGAGUCGUGCUUCGGCCGAUAGAGCAACCGCCACAGCCGUAUCACUCAACCAGGACUCUGAAGUGCAGCCUGUCAUGUCCGCUGCCGAUCCAGAUCCUGACAGCGUCUACACUAACAAGCAAGGAAAUUGCACGAGCACAGAAGAGUGCCCUGUCGUGCCUUCUGCAUUUGGUGAUGCCUUGAAGAAGUGUUCUUCACUUCCAGCUAUGCCCAAAACCGGUGCCGUGAGUGAAGUAGGGGGCAGAGUGACCGGAGGCAGUGGAGGUGGCAGUGGAGGCAAGAGACCCCUUCCGCGGUCUCUGCUCUCGACCAAGACGACACGUGACACGUCUGUCACCCAAUUCGCAGUCAUGGACGAUGAGAAUGUCUCAGCCAUGCAACAAGUCACACGAGGAGGUGGAGGAUUAACCCUAGCAUCACAAUGGAAGUCUCAAUUUGACGACUCAGAGGAAACUACAGAUAAUGAGUGGAAGGCCGAAAAUCUACCAAGUCCUGAGCACCGUAAUAUUUCAAGUCAGCAACCACCUCAGAUAGGUGAUUCGGAUGGAGUGGGUGCGGGUGUUCCCCCCAUCUCGGCUCCCCCUGCAGUUGUGUCUCCCUCUGUACCCCACCCUCUCCCUGCACCACCAGUCGAGCUGUCUCGAAUCAGUGAGGACUCCAAAAACGAAAAACACAGCUUUGCUACUUUCCAGGGAACCAACAAUAAUAGCACAGAGCGUCGCAACCGCAGGUUUAAUUGUGUUAAUGUUGAGGGUCUGGAUGGAUACACUCACACUCAGUUCCAAUCCAGAUUGCCUCGCUCUUGGAGCGCACCGCAAAUAUCUUCAAAAAUCAGGUCCAAUGUAGUGCAUCCUGUUCUUCAACAAGCUACCUUUGAUGAUUUAGUUUUUACUUUCGAUAUUCUUCGCAACGUUGCAACACGUGAGGAACACCCGCUCACCUCAGAAAAGAGAAGCAGAAGCUUGCCAAAUAUGCACUUCACAUGUCGUAUGAGAACUCCAAAUCGCAUCAACAACAAUAACAAAUCGUCUGUGGAGAGGGAAGAAUCUUCUUUGGCAACAGCUAAAACGACAGCUGAAGAUGCAAAUGAAGAUGAAGUGGAAAUGCGCCCUGUAUCUGGCCGACUGGAGAUAAGAGUAGUGGACAGAUGUGGGGAAUCACAAAUGCAUACCGCCCGAGAAAACAAGAGGAAUUCUACAGAAGCAAACAGAGUGAUGAUGAGAGGAGGUUGCAGUCCAGUGAGUCCAGGUAAGGAAGAGCCGGCUUCCAUCUAUUUCGAUGCCACUGAAGAAUCCAGUAAAGCACAACACAGUCUCUCUCCAGUCAUUGAAAUUGAUACCAGGUCUAAGAGAAUGAUUGCCAAAGUUAGUAAAAUUCCAGUACUUGUUGGAGCUAACAAAAGCCCAAGAUCUAGCUUUAUAGACUCAAAUUCAGAUCCUUCAAGGCAACCGCCUGGUGAGGACAGCCAGAGUCAAAGUGGUGAGGAGAGAGAGAGAGGUCCGGCUCUGACGCCGGCCCUGAGACGACGUCGCGAGGCCAAAUAUGUCACUGACCAAAGUCAGCUGCCGCUCAGGUUUAACCGGCCCUUGCAUCGCAGGCCUAAUAAUGACCAUCCGUCGCAGAAGGCACGACCUUGCAAGAGAGGACUGCCUUCCCAUCUGCUGACGUCACCACUGGGGGGACGAGGGGAGGAAUCUGCAUCCAGUGGGGGGGAGGAGAGUGACGAUUGCAAUCCCCACCCCCCUCCUCUAGACGAUCUGUGCGAACUCACAACGCACGAGAAUAACGCACGGUGCCGUAGGUUUCAUCCUGUAGGAACUACUGAUACGGCAAAAGACUCAUGAGCUUGGGGUAUUUUAGACAGUAUUGCAGUUGGACACCUAGAGACUUUGAAAAAUCGGUCAAUAUAGUCAGACAACGAAAUUAAGCGCAGCUGUGCGGGCAUUAUAGGUGCUAAAUUAACAAGCAGUCUAUUAAGAUUUAGUGUGAAAACUAUUUUUAAUGGACAAUUUAAUGUAUUACAUCUGAUUAAAGUCGCUGUGUCAUUCUAGAAUGCCAAUUUCACCACGACUUGAUCGUCGUUCGAAUUAUUUAGUCUGUUUUGCUCGUCCAAUGUUAUCUCUAAUUUACACUCAGAUUAUAGAUACCAAUUAUCAUGUGCAUAGAAUUGGGUGAAUGUGCUUAUAAUUUUUAAUUGAACUCAAACUCUGAAUAUAGUCUCAUAUAUUAUUAGUAAAAAAAGCACUCAAUUUGACUACUAGUUGCACAAAUAUUACCUAAAUUUGAUGGAAUGUUGUUGUUCCAAAUAUAAGGUUUGAGUUCUUGAUGAAUUGAUUGCGUUUUUGGUUGUAAUAAAAGUAUAAAUGUCGUUUCAACUAUAUUAAGUCCGUAUUUAUAAUUGAGUACUAGGUUCAGUCUUACAAACUUGAUUUCCAUCAAUAACUGUUGAGUGAAUAUCCUACUGUUGGCACAAAACUAUUAUUGUAGCAAAGAAAACACAUCAAUCAUCCCUUUUAUUUUGUCUGAAAAUUAGAAGUUGAGCCAAUAUUCUAGUAAUUGAAGAAUAAAUUAUAAUGCACUCAUAUUGCUUAAGAAAAUUUUAAUAAUAUUUCUCUCAAAUCAAUUAAUCGCAGUAUUUGAAAAGCACUGACUGUAUUAAUGUAAUUAUCAUGCAAUUGGUUAUUUUAAUUGAUUCUCUCCAAUUUCAUCAAAUUCGUUUUGAAAAAUAUAUUAUUUCAGUUACAUAUUCCCGCUUUAAUAAUCACUCUUCUAGAAUAUCUCAUUAAUUUAUUGUAUUAAUGUGGUGAAUAAUUAUUAGAAUGUUCGCCGUAAGAUAGGACUAUUGUUUCUUAAGUAUUCAUAAUCUGAAAUUCAGAAGAAAUUUGGAUUAUUGAACAAAUUUUAUAGUAGAUUUAAGUAAUAAAUAAGAAAAUAAAGUUUAUUAAUAUAUGAUAAUUAUAAUUUAUAUAUUACUCCUAAGUGCUGCUAAACAUUGAUAUGUUUUCAAUACUCUGCAGACAAAAAUGAUAUUGGAUGAAAUUAUAAUUUCUCGAUUAUUGAAUCUCAUGUCGAAAAUCCACUCGACUCUAGUCUUGGUUCUCUAGUUGCCAGUUGUUAUUUUAUCCUGCUGGCGUAUAGGCCUGUCUAUCUACUAUGAAUUACUAGCUAAUGUAAAGUCACUAGCCAGAUUAUAGGUAGCUUGAUGACAAAUUUAAAACGGAUCUUAGGAUUUCGAUGAAUAGAGGCUAUCUUUAAAUUAUCAAACUUAAUUUUUUCCGCUGUCUCUGAGACUCUUCAUUUCAUUUUUUCUACUUCAUAUUUCUGUUUAAAUUUGAUAAAUUCCAGCCGACUUCCUCAAAUAUUAUCAUAAUAUCUUGAGGAUUGUUUCAAUAUUUGCAAUCUAUUCAACAGUAAUACUAACUGCAUCAAUAAUCAUGAUAUUGAUGCUCCUGUCAAAUAUUCAAGAUAAAAUUGUACUGUAACUUAUUUCCAAUUACUACUUCUACAAAGAUUAUAUUUCUACUUAUGAAAGGAUUUGCUUGAAAUUCUAAUAGUAUUUAUAUUUUAAUAAUUUUAUGGUGUUAUGACAUGCCAACAGUUCAACUGUGAUAAAGUUUCUUGUCAGUUGGUUUAGGUGAAUUUUUAGUAUUUUAUUUUUGUAAUUUCCAUGGUUAUAGAGAGUAUAACAUGAAUAAGCAUGCGAUAAAUUAAUCAAGCUAUGGACACUCAUGGAUUCUAAUUUUAGGUGUUGUAUUCAAUAUCAAAAGUGUCUUAAUUAAGUCGAAUUCAUCCUAUUCGUUAUAGAUACUUCAUUAACUAAAAUUCGUGAACUUGAAUUUAUGAAUAUUAAAAAAUUAAUAGUGUUAUAUAUAUUUAAUAAUCGUUCGGGUGACUGGAGACGGUCAAAUAUAGAACAGUACACCUAAAAUUAUAGUAGCUAUUACUAAAUAAACUUGAGUGUUUGUACAGUAUACAUUUGCAUACUGUUUAUCGUAAGAAUUGUAUUUGCUACCGUGCUUGUAAAUAAUAUUACUUGUUUGGAUUUGAAUUAAACUGACAUAUUUUGCAUAAAAUUUACGAAUAGUGUUGUUACACGUUGUACUGGUCGAUUCAAGUUAUAUUCCAAGUAUUGCUAUUUGUGAUAUAUCUUGAAAAAAGUUUAAAUUCUAAUUUUAUUUUGAAUAAUAAUUUCAUGCAAGUAAGAUUUUAUUUUGCGAUUUUAUUGGUCUCAAAGUAAUGUAAGAAAGGAACUAUACUUGAUAGUCGUGAAGUCAAUUUUAUCAUUUAAUAUUAAGAAGUGUUCAUUAGUUGAAUGUUUAAUGAUUUCAAUUUUUUUCUUUAUUAUUCAUCAUCGUCUGUCAAUUGAUUAUAUUGGUUUCAUAUCAUGCUUCUGUAAAAAUGAAUAAAAUUUUCUGUGAUAUUUGCAAGUAGGUCUGUGUGUUUAAUAUGAUUUCUUUCAUUUCAUACUUUUUAAUAUUUAUUUUUUCUUUCAAUUCGUGAUUAAGAUAAUGAAUCAAAAUUGCCGAUUGUAAUUUACUGAUAGAUCUUAAGCUCUCAUAUUAUAUUGUGUGAAAUAAGUGGCUUGAGUUUUCCAUAUGUAUGCAAAAACGCAUGAUUUUUCUUGGGAGAAUUUCAUAUGUAAAUCCUGUAAUGGAAUAUCAUAACAUAUAUCUACUGACAUCUAAAAACAUGCUAUGAGAAAUUAUCAUUGCAUUGGAGAAUUUGCUAAAAUAAUUUUGGAAUUGAGUUGAAAAGAAAGGCUGUUACUGUUAUAGUGGACAGGAAAAUCCAGGAACUGAGAAGUUUUGCUUUUUCAUCCCGAUAUUGUAAUUGUUAUCCAAUAAAUGAAUAAAUGUCGUAGCACUGACAGCAAAUCGAAUCCAUAAUGAGUGAUUGAAAUAUAUCAUAUCAUUCAAACUACCUCAACAGACACAUUCUGUUCUCAAAUUAGAAACCAAAACAAUUCUGAUUGUAGUUUUUCAAACGAUGCUCAGGGUUUUGAAAUUAAUUUAAUAAGCGAGUUCUGUUCUCAAUGCAAACUCAACACAUUUUAGUGAUUGAGUGACUUAUUAAUAUACAAUGCAUAAUUUAAACGCAGUUGAAACGCUGAUCUAGCUCACAAAUCCAGUGUUAAACGUUGUAAUGACAAAAAGAGCCCAGUCACAAGCCAAUAUCACAACAUUAAAUGUAUCAACUACAUUAUAAUGGAGCUAUUUCAUUGGAUACUGCACAUAUUUAUAACUUCAAUAUAAAAUAAGACUGCAAUAGCAAUUGAAAUCUUUUACAGAUCUAUUACAAGAAUGUGGUAUCUGUCUCGAUUGCUAAACAUGAUCAAUUUGAAUUGAAUUUAUUUAUUUGCUAAAAAUAAAAUACAAAAAAGCUUUGCAGAAAAUAAAUUUAAGAUUCUGCACUAAACUAAGGUACAUAC